UCUCAUGACGAGAAUAAUUAAUUAUUACGUUCUUCGAUCUAAAUAAGUAACAGGUAAAAUGUAGGAAGUCAUUGCUUCACACAUUGUAGCUGUGAAGUGUCCAUGUAAACAUUUUAUACCUUCUUGUCAUAUGCUUACGUAAAUACAUUUAAAAUGAAAUACGUAUGAAUUAUAUAGUUACAUUUAAAACAUAACUGGGUAUGGAAGGGCACGAGGAAGACGAUUUAGAAGAUUUGCGUUCAACUAUUUACACAUUUCCACCGAAUGUACAGAAUGUAAUCGAACAGGUUUUACCUAGCACAGAUCCAUUGGACCAACCAAACUUUAAUGUAGUGGAUUAUAUAAAUUCACUGUUUCCAACAGAACAGUCUCUAUCAAAUAUAGAUGAUGUAGUAAACAAUAUGGAAUUAAAGAUACGUACAAUUGACAAGGAAAUUCGUUCGGUGGUACGUGGACAAACAAAUGUAGGUCAAGAUGGAAGAGCAGCAUUGGAAGAUGCACAGAAAGUAAUAAAACAAUUAUUUGUGCAUAUAAAAGAUAUUAAAGAUAAAGCAGAGCAGUCUGAAGAAGUUGUUAAAGAAAUAACAAGAGAUAUUAAACAAUUGGAUUUUGCUAAGAGAAAUCUCACUGCCUCAAUAACAGCUUUAAAUCACUUGCAUAUGCUUGUGGAAGGUGUAGAUAAUUUAAAGGUAUUAACACAAAGGAAACAAUAUGGUGAAAUUGUUUUACCAUUGCAAGCAGUGAUGGAAGUAAUGCAACAUUUUAAUAGUUAUAUGGAUAUACCUCAAGUAAAGCAAUUGUCUGAUGAAGUACGACAGAUACAUGUUGAAUUGGCUCAACAAAUUACAGCAGACUUUAAACAAGCAUUUUCUGGUCAAAAUCCUAAAUACUUUAAUCAACUUACAGAAGGUUGUUUAGUGCUAUCUGUGUUAGAUCCAAAAGUCAAGAAAGAUUUACUCUCUUGGUUUGUAAGUAUACAGUUACAAGAAUAUGCACAUUUGUUUGAUGAAAAUCAAGAUUUUGCAUGGUUGGAUAAAAUAGAUCGACGUUAUGCGUGGAUAAAAAAACAUUUACUUGAUUUUGAAUCAAAAUUUGGUACAAUUUUUCCACAAGAUUGGGAGAUCUCUGAACGAAUUGCUGUGCAAUUUUGUCAUGUUACAAGGGAAGACCUGACAAAGUUAAUGCAUAAAAGACGUUCCGAAAUAGAUGUAAAACUAUUACUUUAUGCAAUUCAAAGGACUAGUAAUUUUGAAUCGUUAUUAGCAAAAAGAUUUAGUGGUAUGACUUUAGAAAAUUUGGACACAACAAAUAAAAAGAGUGCUACUCCCAUUGCAGAUACAACUGAUAAUAAAGUUCCAGGCAAUCCAUUUGAACAAAAUGAACAGCAGGUACAGAAUGAAAAGCCAAAACCAUCACCAUUUUCAAAUCUUAUAGGCAGAUGUUUUGAACCAUAUUUAAAUAUUUAUAUAGAAAGUUUAGAUCGCAAUUUGGCAGAUCUAAUGGAUAAAUUUGUAUCAGAUUCUAAAACACAACCACCUGGUGCUAAAGAUUUUGAUGGUAUUGAGGGUCCUAGUAGUGUAUUAUCUUCUUGUGCAGAUCUUUUUGUAUUUUAUAAAAAGUGUAUGUUACAAUGCACACAACUUAGUACAGGUUCAAUUAUGUUAAGUUUAUCUGAAACUUUUCAAAAAUAUUUGCGAGAAUAUGCUCUGAAAAUAUUACAAAAUAAUUUACCUAAAAUCGGAGGUGGUGCAGGAAUCGCUACAAGUAUGAGCAGUAUCCGUGACUUUCGAGAUCUUUCAACAUCGGGUUUUAUACAAAAUUUUCAAAGUUUUUUGAAAGAAGGUGAAAAUACUAGAUUUAGCAAAGAAGAACAAUCACGAAUAUGCUGUAUAUUAACGACAGCUGAAUAUUGCUUAGAAACAACACAACAAUUGGAAGAAAAACUACGAGAAAAGACAGAUAAAUGUUAUGCUGAAAAAAUUAAUCUGUCACAGGAACAAGAUAUUUUUCAUAAUGUUAUAUCGAAUUGUAUACAAUUACUUGUUCAAGACUUAGAAUCUGCUUGUGAAUCUGCAUUAACUGCAAUGACAAAGGUUCAAUGGAGUGCCAUAGAGGUUGUUGGUGAUCAAAGUAAUUAUGUUAAUACUAUUGUGGCACAUCUUCGACAAACGAUACCUACUAUCAGAGAUAGGUUGUCCUCAUGCAGGAAAUACUUUACUCAAUUAUGUGUAAAGUUUGCAAGUUCUUUCAUUGUAAAAUUAGUACAGCAAUUGUAUAAGUGCAAACCUCUAAAUACUGUAGGUGCAGAGCAAUUAUUGCUGGAUGUACACAUGUUAAAAACUGCUCUCUUAGAUCUCCCAUCGACAGGAUAUCAAGUUCAAAGAAAGGCACCAGCUACAUAUACUAAAGUAGUAGUCAAAGGUAUGGCAAGUGCUGAAAUGAUUCUCAAAAUUGUGAUGUCCCCAAUAGAAUCUCCAAAAGAUUUUGUAAAACAAUGUAGAAUACGUUUACCAGAUUUACAAGCACCAGAAUUUCAAAAAAUUUUAGAUAUGAAGGGUUUAAAGAAAACGGAACAAGUUGUACUACUAGAACAAUUUAAGCAACCUGAAAAUACAGAUGUUUCACAUGACACUAGGAAUCACACAAUUCAAGAUAGCCCAGAACACGAAGCUGGGCGAAUAAAACGAUUGGAAAAGUUAAUUAAAAAAAGAAUAUAA